CUCAUUGAUUUCUUAUAUUCUUUUUCUUGUCUAGAUUUCCAUAUCCCCCCUCUCGUUGAAGAACUUUCUCACCUUGAUCCUUUAGCUUAAAGUUGUUCUUCUUACGCGUUCCUGGCCCGAAAAGAGAGAGCAUUCACACUCCCACUUUAAUCGGAUUAUGUAUGCGGGGAGGACAACUCCACAAAAGAAGUAACUUUCUUUACCAUCAUCCACAUCAAUCUCGGAAAAGAUGUACUGGCUAAACGAACUUCUAUCGCUACUCAAUGUAUCACCGGCCUCUCGACUAUGGAUCGAACGGUCUGCAUCGCUGUUUGCAAUCUUGUUGCCGAUUCCAGUCAUUUUCGCAUUCAUGAAAUGGAAAAGACCACGUCAAACAAUCUUACCUCCUUACCGCGAAAGAGUCUUGAUCUUAGGUGCAUCUUCAGGUGUUGGACGUGAACUGGCUUUGGCUUAUGCAAAUCGUGGUUGUCGUCAAUUGGUAAUCGUUGGUAGACGUGAAAAGGAAUUACAAAUAGUUGCGGUAGAAUGUGAUGAAGAACGUAAGAAAGGAGAAGAAUGGGACAUGAGUGAUGAAGCACCAGGAUAUGAAAACGUCAAAUCAAAGAAAACAGUUGCUAUCACAGCAGAUUGUUCAAAUGCGGAAGAUAUCGUUCGAAUCAGAGAAGAAUGCAGAAAAGCUUUCGAAGGAAUCGAUACUGUUCACAUUUGCUUUGGCGUUUCGGCUUUGAGACCUUUAUUAGGAAUACCAGGUGUUGACCCAAUUCGACCGAUGAAACGUGCUGAUCUGCUGCCCAACCUGCCACAAAGCUCAAAAACCAAUGCCGCAGAAGCCGAUGUUGCUGGUAUACUUGUGACACAAGAGGCAACCAGACGGAUCAAUGAAGUCAACAUAACGGGAACAUCAAUGGUUCUUUCGGCAUUCUUACCUUUCUUGCAAAUGACAUCACCUUCUCCUUCUAUUCAUCUUCUUUCAAGUGCUGCAGCUGUGAUUCCGGCGCCUACAAGACCACUUUAUGGCGCAUCAAAAGCUGCUCAAUUGAUCUUAUUCCAAGCCACUGCGAUCGAAGCAGCAGCACAAGCAAAACAUUCACGUAAAGAAGGAUCAUUGCAAAAACGAGCACAUGUUCGAUUUUACGCUUCUGUUCCAGGAACAAUUCUGUCCAAUUUUAGAGCAAGUGCAGUCGAUGGUUCGCCAGAUGAAAUUUCCGCGUUUGAUAGCAGUUGGAACGUUAAAGGAGGUGGAAAGAGUGAUGCAAUCUUGCCCAAACAUUUAGCACAACAUGUUAUCCUAGCUGUCGAUCAAUACAAAGAAGGAACAGACGAGAUCCCUUUCAAGUAUUGGGCUGCAAGAAGAGCAUUCCCUUUUGCACCUGGUCUAUUGGCACGCAUGGCUAGUAAGAAGUACGCAUACAAUUAAAGUAAUAUAAUGUACAUGAAAUAUGAUACAGCAUUGAUAAUCAAAUCUUGAUG